AUGACCGCCGGAGCACCCAGUCAGUACAAGCUCGCACGACGAUCCGCUCGAUCCCUACUGACGUUCUUCCACCCUGGUGGCCACUGCCCACAGUCGUCGUUAGCAAGGUCUACAAGGUGCGUUGAGAGCCGUCGAAGCAUCCCCGGGCCGGCCGUUUUUCGAUUUUGCUCGCACGCCCUGCCGCUGGCGGGCCCGUCGGCGCUGGGUGGGCCCGCCCGAUUUCGCGUGCUGGGGCCAAAGCAGCGGCGGGCGGCGACAAACACCGUCGAGCGUGUCCAGAUGUGUGGCAGCAGCUGACUUGACUUGUUUCUUUUCCAUCCUUGCUUCUUUCACCCUUCUUUCACCGCUCUUGGGCUGCACCUCGUCUCUCCGCUGUAUCGACGCGCUGGUCUCGCUCGUGCCCACCCACCACGCCCACGCCCACGCCCACGCCCGCCGUCGCACCCGCUCGCACCCACCGUACUCGCACUCGACCCGACUGCUCCACCGUCCAUCUGCCACCGUCCACGCGAACUGCGCAUACAAACCAAUCCCGACCAACUUGACCUCCCAUCAGGUCCCCCGUCGCCCCUUCGAGUCUGCCCGCCUCGAUGCCGAGCUCAAGCUCGCGGGUGAAUACGGUCUGCGCAACAAGCGCGAGAUCUGGCGAAUCUCGUUGAUCCUGUCCAAGAUCCGUCGUGCUGCCCGUGAGCUGCUCAAGCUCGACGAGAAGGACCCCAAGCGUCUCUUCGAAGGUACGUCGGGGCGCAGUGGUCGAAUGUGGCAAGAUGGUCGCCGCGGCCUCCUACUCUCUGACACGCUGCUUCAUGUCUUCUUGCUCGUCGACAGGUAACGCCCUCAUCCGUCGAUUGGUGCGAGUCGGUGUUUUGGACGAGACCCGCCUCCGUCUCGAUUACGUCUUGGCGUUGAAGGUCGAGGACUUCCUCGAACGACGACUGCAGACCCAGGUCUUCAAAUCCGGAUUGGCCAAGUCGAUCCACCACGCCCGUGUCCUCAUCCGCCAACGCCACAUCCGGUACAUUUCGACAAUCUAGACUGGCUACUUGAACCGUUUCUCAGCAGAGGGAUUGACUCUCGAGCUCUUAUUUCCCACAGCGUCGGCAAGCAAAUCGUCAACGUGCCCUCGUUCGUGGUCCGCCUCGACUCGCAAAAGCACAUCGACUUCUCCCUCACCUCCCCGUACGGUGGUGGACGUGAUGGCCGAGUCAAGAGGAAACGCGCCAAGGCCGCCGCUGCCGGUUCCGGUGAGGCCGAGGAGGAGGAGGAUGAUGAGGUACGUUCUGGGUUUUCGAUAGGCCUUAGGGCCCCAGGCCGAGAGAGGGAGCAGAUCGCUGACCUUCUGGUCCGUUUUACCGUACAGUAA